GAGAUAAAAACGCUGGCAGCUGAAAUCUCUGCAGAACACAGCUCUGACUUUUACAAAGCAAAAACUGGAUCAUUAUUUUAUCUGGAUUCCUUUAAGGAGCGUUAAAGAUGUGGACGCUGAGUCUUCAGGCGGUUGUCGUCUGUGUUUUCCUACAGGUGCCAGGGUGUUUUCCAUCAUGCAUCAUAACGGGCUCUAUAGCCAACUGUGCCUACCAAAACCUCCGCUGGAUUCCUCCUCUCCCUCCCAACAUCACCCACCUGUACCUGGAGAUGAACCACAUUGGUGAGAUCAACUCCAGCUCUCUGUCAGGACUGGAGGAGCUCCAGGUGCUGGACCUCGGAGCCCAGAAAGUACCGCUUGUAAUCAGGAACAACACGUUCAACGGUCAAAGACGUCUGAAGAGGCUGGUGCUGAACGCCAACGUUGGCCUUCGUCUAGAGCCAAAGGCUUUUGUGGGAUUGUCUGGUUUGCAGAAUCUCCACCUGGGUUACUGUUCACUUACGGAGUCCAUCCUGAAGGAGAACUAUCUAGAGCCUCUGUCCUCCUUAGAGGCUCUUGACCUGUUUGGUAACAACAUAAACAAACUGCAGCCUUCAAUGUUCUUUGUGAACAUGACUAAUUUGAAAGUUUUGAAUCUCAAGUUGAACACAAUUGACAAAAUAUGUGAGUCUGAUCUUGUUGGUUUCCAGGGAAAACACUUUGAGAAACUGAGCUUGAACUCUGUUCGCUUCAGGGAUAUGUCUAAUGAAUUUUUUGACUGGCAGAAAUGUGGGAACCCUUUUAGAGGAAUAUCCUUUCAGUCACUUGACCUGUCCAACAAUGGGUUAAGUUUGGGUAAAUCAAAACAGUUUUUUAGAGCCAUCAAGGGGACUAAGAUCUCCCAUCUUAAAAUGUCAGGACACAUUGGUAAAGGAUUUUCAUUCAACAAUCUACCUGAUCCAGACCGCAGCACAUUUGAAGGCCUGACGAACAGUUCGAUCCUCACUUUGGAUCUGUCUAAAAACAGGAUAUUUGCAUUGCAACAGGGGGUUUUUAGUCAGCUAAAAGAUGUAGCAAUCAUUGACGUUUCCCAAAACCAGGUUAAUCAGAUACACAGAAAUGCCUUUGAAGGUCUUCAGGGACAUUUGAAAAUGCUCAACCUGUCACACAACCUGCUGGGGGAAAUCUAUUCUCACACUUUUGCUUCUCUGACAAACCUGAAAGUGUUAGACCUGUCUUACAAUCACAUUGGGAUACUCGGUUAUGACUCAUUUAAUGGACUUCCUAACUUGAAAGCAUUAUAUCUAACAGGAAACUCUUUGAAAGAUCUCGGCUUCCCUGCAUCUCUACCUAGCUUAGGUUAUCUCAUGUUGAAUGACAAUAAGUUAACCUCGUCGGUGGGUCUCUCAUCGUUCGCCCAUAAUGUUAUCUAUCUGAACAUCCAGGACAACAGAUUAACAUACCUGGACGAUGUUUAUACCUUUCUGAAUGGAAUGAAACGCCUUCAGUCUCUCUUCUUUGGGGGAAACACCAUCAGGUGGUGCAAGCUCAAUCGGCGAGUUUCAGUUGGUUUGAAUAAUGUCCGAGUCCUUGAUCUUCAUAGCAGCUCCCUGCAAUCUGUUUGGUCUCAGGGUCAAUGCCUGAAUCUGUUUGACAAUCUUGGACAUGUGAUAGGUCUCAACUUGAGCUCCAACGCACUACAGUCUCUUCCUCAGGGCAUUUUCAAGGGUCUCACCGCCAUAGUGCAGAUGGACCUCUCAUCCAACGCCUUGACUUAUCUCCAGCCUGAUGCACUACCCAAAAGUCUCAAAAUACUCAACCUCUCUAACAACUUCAUAGCCUCCCCUGACCCCGCUACUUUCCGUUCUCUCAGCUACCUCAACCUAAAUACCAACCGAUUUCACUGCAAUCACAACCUGAAUGGCUUCCUGACUUGGCUGAACAAGACCAACGUAACCUUCCUGAGUCCCAUCGGGGAGCUCAGAUGUGAAUAUCCUUCUGAUUUCUAUCAUGUGUCCCUGCUAGAUUACUCUGCUCAGGUCACAAAGCAGUAAAAGCAAGGUGGUCAGAUACAGAUCCACGGAUUCUCUGAUCUAUGACCAAGUUAGACGACCUGGACGACUGAGAACCUUCACAGAGAGAGAGGAUUUAUAGAAGUAAAUCUACUCUGGUGUUGUGCUGAAACAAUGAUAUCAAUUAAUGUUCAUAUGUUUGUAAAUGUUUGUAAUCACAUCAUCACUGUUCUUGUAUUUUAAUGUGAGCAUCAAAAACUCUCUCAGGAUCAUAAAGAUAAGAAAACAAUGACAUUGAGUCAAAA